AUGAUUGUGGGUGAUCGCGUCGCGGGCGAUCAACCCCAACUUCCCAAGGCUGCAAAAUUGCAACGUCGUCAUCCCAAGACUAGAACCUUGCGGCAAUCGCCGCUUAAGCCACCGGAAAUCUUAGCCUUCGACCAGAGGACGGAGUGUCAGCCUUCUCUCAAGCGCAAAUAUAUGGCUAGAAUAUGGCAAGAUAUCAGAAUAACUCGACAUCGUUCUUCUGAAACAGGCUUUUUAAAACCCCCCAAAGCUCGUAACGACUCCAGUGGAAGAGCAGAAGCCCAUUCGUUGUCUGGGUGGGGAUGCAGGUGUCUUCUUGUGCUUCUUCGAAUACUUAGUGCGAGCGAGCAUGAGCUUGACUUUGACCUAGGAGCUCUGCUACCUUCUAUGAGAUGUCUUUGGGACUGCGUCACAAAGCCAUUCGAAGUGUAA